AUGACGGAUUGGAAAAAUCCAGAGCAAUUCGUCUACAUCAGCUGUGUAGAGGAAGUACGGUACUCUUUUGUCAGCCACCUCUCCGACGCUCUCCGGCGAAAUGGCAUAUCUGUAUUCAUCGAUACCGACGAUCUGCUUUCCAAGGAGGCGCAGGAAAAGGUCGGGAGAGCUAGGGUUUCUGUGAUGGUUUUUCCCGGAAACCGUAAGGUGUACCUUGAAAAGCUCGCGGAGGUUCUCAAGUGCCAGAAGGAGGACGGCCAGGUGGUUGUUCCAGUUUUGUACGGCGACGGUCCAUUUCAUACCGAAUGGCUAAGCGCGGUGGAUUUGAGAGGCUUAUCACCAGUCUAUCAGUCCAGGAAGGAAUGCAGUGACUCCGAACUCGUAGCUGAGAUUGUAAGAAAUGUGAAUGAGAAGCUUCUGUUUAUGGGACGAAUGGGAAUCUACUCGAAGCUUCUGGAGAUAGAAAACAUGAUUAACAAGCAACCCUUGGGCAUCCGCUCUGUUGGAAUCUUGGGUAUGCCUGGCAUAGGCAAGACAACACUUGCUAAAGCGGUCUUUGAUCAAGUGUCUGGUGGAUUCGAUGCUUGUUGUUUCAUCCAAGACUAUGAUCAAGCUACUCAUGAGAACAGAGUACAUCGUAUUUUGGUGGAACAGUUAAUGAAAGACCAGCCUGGAAGUAGCGGUACCAGUACGAGACUGAGGCUGCGUAGAGACAAAUUGAACAAUAAGAGAGUUCUUGUUGUUCUUGAUGACGUGCGCAAUCCUCUGGUUGCAGAGUCUUUUCUCGAAGAGUAUGGCUGGUUCGGUCCCGAAAGCCUGAUCGUCAUAACCUCCAGAGAUAAACAGGUGUUUCGCCUUUGCAGAAUCAAUCAGAUAUACGAGGUUCAAGGUUUAAAUGAGGACGAUGCUCUUCAACUCUUCAUGCUGUGUGCAUCUAUAAACGACACGGGAGAACAUAAUCUCCAUGAGCUGGUAAUGGAAGUUAUAAAAUAUGCUAAUGGAAACCCGUUAGCUCUCAGCAUUUAUGGCGAAGAGCUGAAGGGUAAGAAAACACUGGUGGAGAUGGAGACUGCAUUCCUCAAACUCAAGGAACGUCCUCCACUGAAGUUUGUUGAUGCAGUCGAGAGCAGCUAUGACACACUCAAUGGCAGCGAAAAGAACAUAUUUCUGGACAUAGCUUGUUUCUUCCAGGGAGAAAAUGUCGACUAUGUGAUGCAACUACUUGAGGGUUGUGGUUUCUUUCCACGAGUUGGAAUCGAUGUUCUUGUUGAGAAGUGUUUGGUUACUAUUUCAGAAAACCAAGUCCGAAUGCAUAGUUUGAUCCAGGAUGUUGUAAGAGAAGUAAUAAUAAAAGGAGAAACAGUACAAACUGAGACACGCAGCAGACUAUGGGAACCUCGGACCAUCAGAUUUUUAUUAGAAGAUAAUGAACACACAGAAAAUGGGGAACCCAAAACAACUGUCAAAUGUGUUCAGGGCACUGAAGAGAUCGAAGGCAUAUAUCUGGACACAUCAAACUUAAAUUUUGAUGUCAACCCUGCUGCCUUUGAAAAUAUGUUGAACCUUAGGUUGCUGAAGAUAUACUGUUCCAGUCCUGAAAUCCAUCCUGUAAUCAGUUUCCCCAAAGGCUUUCUCAAAUCACUUCCUAAUGAGCUAAGACUCCUCCAUUGGGAGAACUAUCCUCUGCAAUAUGUUCCUCCAAAUUUUGAUCCUAGGCACCUUGUUGAAAUCAACAUGCCGUACAGUCAACUUAAGAAACUUUGGGGUGGAACCAAGAACCUGGAGAUGCUAAAAACGAUCAGGCUUUGUCAUUCCACGCAGCUGGUUGAUAUUGAUGAUCUUAUAAAAGCUCCAAAUCUUGAUAGAAUCGAUCUCCAAGGUUGUACAAAACUGCAGACUUUCCCACCCACUGGUCAGUUGCUGCAUCUCCGAGUUGUAAAUCUCUCAGGCUGCACAGAGAUCCAAAGUUUCCCUGAGGUUCCACCAAGUAUUGAGACAUUGCAUCUCCAGGGAACAGGCAUAAGAAAAUUGUCAUUUUCCACUGUUAAGACCAACGGCAGAGACGGCGGAGAGUUUGUCAACUUUCUAGCAGAAUUAUCGGGUCUUUCAGAUGCCUUAAAACUUGAGCGUUUAACAAGUCUGUUGAAAUCGAGCUCAUCUAGCCCAGAUGUUAACAAACUUAUUUGCUUGGAGCUGAAAGGUUGUUAUCGUUUGCAAAGCCUGCCAAACAUGUCUAGUUUAGAAUUUCUCAAAGUUCUUGAUCUCUCUGGUUGCUCAGAGCUCGAGACUAUCCAGGGUUUUCCUAGGAACUUGAAAGAGUUAUAUCUUGCUGGCACUGCGGUAAAAGAAGUGCCACAACUUCCUCAAAGUCUAGAACUAUUAAAUGCACAUGGUUGUGUCUCUCUGAAAUCGAUUAGUGUGGACUCCAAGCAGCUUCCCAUGCAUUACACGUUGAGUAAUUGUUUUGAUUUAUCUCCACAAGUGGUCAAUGAUUUUAUAGUGAAAGCGGUGGCUAAUGUAAAACACAUGCCAAGAGAGCGUCAGCAGGAACUGAACAAAGCAGUGGCUUUCAGCUUCUGUGCGCCCUCACAUGCGAAUCAUAAUUCCACUCUUGAUCUGCAACCAGGAUCUUCCGUAAUGACACGACUAACUUCUACUCUUAGGAGCACGCUUGUGGGCUUUACUAUUCUAGUGGAGGUUGCAUUUUCAGAGAAUUUCUAUGAUGCCAACGGUUUUGGCAUUAGUUGUGUUUGCAGAUGGAAAAACAAGAAAGGUCACUCUCAUAGGGUAGAAAAAACUUUUCAAUAUUGGGGUCCUGGAGAAGCUAUUGAAAAACUUCAAAAGGAUCAUAUAUUUGUCUUCUGUGAUGUCAAAAUGCGUCCAAGUACUGCUGAUGGAAAUGACCCCGAUAUCUUGGCUGAUUUAGUUGUAUUUGAAUUCUUUCCUGUCAGCAAGCCGAAGAAGCGUCUAGAUGAUAGUUGCACAGUGAAAAGAUGUGGAGUCUAUGUAAUUGCUGCUGCAACUACCAAUACAAGCCCUGAAAUAAGUUCACCAGUUUUACCCUCGGAUCCACUGAUUUUUUCUGGUAAUGAAGUCCAAGAAGUAUUGAAAUCCAGGUAUGAUGGUUUACACGAGAUUGAUAAAGCUUUAUUUCUGUACAUAGCGUGUUUGUUCAAUGAUGAGGAGGUUGAUUUGGUGGCACCACUUACUGCUAGUAUUGACUUCGGCGUUAGUUCAGGAAUCAAGGUCUUAGCCAAUAGGUCUCUCAUUCAUCUAUCAUCCAACGGGGAAAUAGUGAUGCAUUCUUUGCUACGGAAAUUAGGUAAAGAAAUUCUGGAUAGACGAUCCAUGCAAUCAUAUAUCUCGAAAGAAUCGGUCGAAGACGCUGAAGAGGUCUAUGUGGCUUCUUCUUCGUCACCCAAUUGGACAUAUGAUGUUUUCCCAAGCUUCUGUGGGCAAGACGUCCGCAGGAAUUUCCUCAGCCACUUUCUUGUGGCACUCAAACGUAAAUCAAUCAAUGUAUUCAAAGACACUGAGAUAGACCGUGGCCAGGAGAUUGGCUCUUCAAUUCUACAGGCGAUAAGAGGGUCGAGGAUCUCAGUCGUUGUGCUCUCAAAGAACUAUUCUUCUUCGACUUGGCUCCUAGACGAGUUGGUGGAGAUCAUGAGCUGCAGGGAAAAUAUGGGCCAAAGAGUGAUACCGAUUUUCUACGAUGUGGGUUCUUCGGAUGUAGGGAAUCAGACUGGAGAAUUUGGAUUGGCAUUCCAAAAAGUUUGUGAGGACAAAACAGAGGAUGUGAAACAGCGAUAUUGCCAAGCGUUGUACGACAUAUCAACAAUUUCUGGAUACUGUUAUCUAAUCAGUGAUCUUUCUCCUAUCUGGGGUACCGAAGCAGACAUGAUAGAAACAGUCGCCGAUGCUAUAUCAGAGGAACUAAAUAUCACCAUAUCAAAGGACUUUGGCGACUUCGUGGGAAUCGAAGAUCAUAUCUCAAAAAUGAAGUCACUGUUGUGCUUGGAGUCGGAGGAAGUAAGAAUGGUUGGGAUUUGGGGUCCUACAGGAAUUGGUAAGAGUACCAUCGCAAGAGCUCUAUUUAACCGGCUGGCUCGUCAGUUCCAACGAAGCAUUUUUGUCGAUAAGGCUUUUGCAGAUAAGAAUUUUGAGAAUUCUAGGAGAUCCAACCUGGAUGACUAUGGCACAAAGUUGCACUUGCAAACACAAUUUCUAUCUGAAUUUCUAGGCCAGAAGUACGUAAAGGGACAUCAUUUAGGUAUGGUGGAAGAAAGGCUAAAGGACCAAAAAGUUCUUAUUAUUCUGGAUGAUGCAAGUAAUCUAGUGCUACUAGAUGCCUUAGCAGGGAACACUCGAUGGUUUGGUUCAGGGAGCAGAAUUGUAGUGGUCACCAAAGAUAUACGACUUCUGAAAUCUCAUGGGAUCAACUAUGUUUACGAGGUGGAUUUUCCGUCUAAAAAGCAAGCUCUUGAGAUGUUUUGCCAAUAUGCUUUCAGGCAGAAGUUUCCGCCCAAUGAUUACACUGAACUUGCUGCUGAAGCUGUACAGUUGGGUGGUAAUCCUCUGGAUCUGAACGUUUUGGGUUUGGCUUUGCGGGGGAGAAACAAGGAGGAGUGGAUGAAUAUGUUACAUCGGCUCAGAAAUAGUUUGACUGGAGGAAUUGAGAAGACAUUAGGAGUCAGGCGUGAGAGUCUAACUGAAGAUGAUGAUGAAGUGUUACUUCCUCCUUCUCCGUUUCAUAUCUGUAGAUACCAUGUUUACAUCAGCUUCUGCGGCCAGGACGUUUCCAAAUCAUUCCUCAGCCAUUUUCACAAGGAACUUAGCAGUAAGGGAAUCACUGUAUUUAAAGAGCUUGAAAGACAGCCCUCCAACGCUGUUCCUAUACAAGCAAUGAGAGAGUCGAGGAUCUCGAUUGUCAUGAUCUCGAGCAAAUAUGCCUCUUCAAGCUGGCUCCUGAACGAGUUGGUGGAGAUCACAAAAUGCAAUGAAGAGUUGACUCAAAAACUGAUACCAAUUUUCUAUGAUGUCGAACCUUCGGAUGUUCGUAAACAGACCGGAGAAUUCGGAAUGCACUUCAACGAGACUUGUAAUAGGAAAACAGAGGAUGUGAAACAGCAAUGGCGCAAGGCUUUGAUCCACAUAGCAGACUUUCCUGGAUUCGAUUCUCGAUAUUGGGAUAAUGAAGCAGAAAUGAUCGAGAAAAUCGUCAAAGAUGUUUCGUACACACUGAGUUGUACAGCCUCAAUUGAUUUUAGCGAUCUGGUUGGAAUCAAAAGGCAUAUUGCAACAAUGAAUUCGCUGUUGUGCUUGGAAUCUGAGGAAGUAAUGAUGGUAGGAAUUUGGGGUCCCCCUGGAAUUGGUAAGACCACCAUCGCAAGGGCUCUAUUUAGUGAUCUCUCUUCAAAGUUCCAACGAAGUGCUUUCAUAGUUAUUUCGAAUGAUUAUACGAGAACCAGCUUGGAUGACUAUGGCGUGAAGUUGCAUUUCCGAACACUAUUUCUAUCCAAACUUUUUGGCACCAACUUGAAUAACUAUGCCAUGCAGUUGAUUCUCCAAGGACAAUUUCUAUCCAAAAUUUUAGGCCAAAAUGAUCACUUACGUGAGGUAGAAGAGAGUCUAAAGGACCAGAAAGUUUUUAUCAUUCUGGAUGAUGUGGAUGAUCUACGGGUAUUGGAUGCCUUGGUAAGACAGAGUCAAUGGUUUGGUUCAGGGAGCAGAAUUAUUGUUAUCACAAAAGAUAUAGGGCUUUUGAAGUCUCAUGGAAUUGACAAUGUUUACAAGGUAGAUUUACCAUCUAAAAAGGAAGCUCUUCGGAUGUUCUGUCGAUCUGCUUUCAGGCAAAACCAUCCACCUGAUGGUUUCACAGAACUCGCCAGUGAAGUUGCAGAAACUGUCGGUAAUCUUCCUUUGGGUCUCAAAGUUUUGGGUUCAUCUCUGAGAGGGAGAGACAAAGAGGAAUGGAUGGAUAUAUUGACUCGGAUCAGAGAUAAUCUUUACGGAGAAAUAGAGAAAAUAAUAAGAGUCGGAUAUGACAGAUUGGAGGAUCAUGAUAAAUUCAUAUUUCUUCACAUCGCGUGUUUGUUUAAUUAUGAUACGGUUGAAGCUGUGACACAAUUACUUGCAGACAGUGGCUUGAAUGUUGUGCUUGGGCUUACAAGCCUAGCUGAGAAGUCUUUCAUACAUAUAACAGAACAUGGAAAUAUUACCAUGGUCCAUCAGCUACAAACCUUUGGCAGAGAUAUCGUCCGUAUGGAGUCCAGUCAUGAGCCUGGAGGACGUCGGUUUUUGGUCGAUUCUCUCGAUAUUUGUGAUGUACUUAUGAAGAACACUGGUACUGAAAGUGUUAUAGGGAUAUCUUUGGACAUGUCAGAAAUCAAUGAGCUUCAUAUAAGUGAGAGAGGGUUCAACGGAAUGAGAAAUCUCCUGUUCCUGAAAUUCUACACAAACUUGUGGAAUAAAGAAGUCAAGGUUCACUUACCUGGUGGCCUUGGUUAUCUGUCUCGUAAACUCAGAUUACUGCAUUGGGAAUCAUUCCCAAUGAGAUGCAUGCCUCCUAACUUCACUCCAGAAAAUCUCGUUGAACUUGUAAUGGAAGCUAGCGAGCUUGAGAUGCUGUGGAAUGGAAUUCAGCCACUUGGACGGCUCAAGUGGAUGAGUCUACGUGGUUCCUUGAACUUAAGAGAAAUCUCUGAUCUUUCAUACGCCACCACUCUUGAGAAACUGGAUCUUGGGGGUUGCUCGAGUUUGAUGAUGCUUCCUUCCUCUAUUAAAAGUCUCCAGCAAUUAAGGGACUUGGACAUGGAAGGUUGCAUAAAACUUGAGGCUCUUCCAACCGACAUCAACUUGGAAUCUCUCUAUUACCUCAAUCUCAAGGGAUGCUCACAGUUGAAAAGUUUUCCAGAAAUUUCAAGCAACAUUUCAGAUCUCUAUCUUGAUGGAACAGCGAUAGAGGAAGUUCCUUGGUGGAUCGAGAAUCUUUCUAGGCUCUCUAACCUAUCGAUGAAUGGUUGCAACAAGUUGAAAAAGAUCUCUGCAAACAUAUCUAAACUGAAAGUUCUCGAGGAGGUAGACUUUUCAGAAUGUGAGGCACUGGCUGAAGAUAGCUGGGAGAACCAUGCUGAGGAGACCUCUGCUUCUCUCCUGAGAGUAAACAUGUCUUUUAACAGCUUUGAGAGACUUCCAGACACAUGGACUUCCAUUCAACCAAAAGAUCUUAUCUUCAAUAACUGCAGAAAUCUUCAGUCACUGCCAGAGCUUCCUGCAUCGCUCUCCAUGUUAACGGCAAAUAAUUGUGAAUCACUUGAGCAUCUACAAGGCUCCUUUCGCUAUCCACAGACGGCUCUGCAAUUUAUCAAUUGCUUCAAACUGAAUCAGCAGGCGAGAGAUCUCAUCCUACAAUCAGACUGCGCGUAUGCUAUCUUCCCUGGUAGAGAAAUUCCUGCACAGUUCACUCAUCGAACUGAUGGGAGUUUCCUAAAGGUUUCUUUACCUGAGAGCUCUCUUUCCAAGAAAUUCCCAAAUUUUAAGGCUUGCAUCAUGGUUGAAUCAAGAUCUAAUUGGUUUUACUUUGGGGUGAUUUGGAACGUCAAAGGUGGAACCGAUAAGAUAGAUUUAUGUUGUUUAACCAACACUCCCUCUACGAGGGAUCAUCUCAUCGUAUUCAACUGCGAAUUUUUCCCAGAUGAUUCACCUGCUGAGCUGGACUACAGCAAUCUGCAGUUUGAGUUUUUUUGCCUUGACCACACGAAGGAAUUGAUGAAGAUAAAAGAAUGUGGUGUACAACUCUUGGAGGAGGUCUCUCCAUCUGUGAACAGUAGUGGUAAAAGAUCUGAAAAUGAAUAUCGCGACAAUGCUGGAGAGGGUAAUGCAGAGGAGACUAGAAGCAGCAAGAGAACACGUGUAAGUAGUGAUGAUUGA